UCCUUCAUAAAAAAUCACAGCCUUCCUUUUUGUUUUUUAAUUUAGAUCUGCCGCUGACGACACACACAGAAAACAGGAAAAGCUGGGGUUUGGUUGAACUUGGAGAAAUGGCAUCGAGGAAAUUUUUCAGCGAGAUAAAAGGGAUGAAACUGAAGGAAGUUCCUAGCUGCAUCAAGCCCAUGCUAUCCAUUGAUUACGUGAAGAAAGCUAUUCAGAGGGGUUUGGACAAUUACAACGCCAAAUACAUUCAGACUGAUUCCAUCGACCCUGUUUACCAUGUCUGCUUCGGUGGGAUGAUCUUUUCUUACCUCGUCGCUCUUCCGAACGAGCGUCGCCAUCUCGAGCACCAGCAGCACGCCAAGGAACAUGGCCAUCACUGAUCCCAUCCAGCAUUUAAUUUUGGCAGCUUAAAGAUGGGCGGGUCCUUGUUGGGUUUAUCAGGUGACAAUUGGAUUUGCGUUAUGGUUUUGGUUGUAAUUUCUGAACACCGUAGGCAGG